UUCUUCAUUUCUUCUUCCACCUGCUGUUGGCUUCCAGAGCACAACUGUUCAAACUCAGGGGUGCAGAGCCCACUGGGUACUUCCUAUUCUUUUGCAGCAGACUGGGGCUGUGUGAAGUGGAUCUUGCUUUUUUUCUUUCCUAGUAGCUAUUUGUACAGAUGCUUAAACAUUGCUAAUUACUGAAGUGUUUUAUCUUGCAACCCUCGCUGGAGGAGGUAGGAGGACAGAGGGUCGCGCCUGACACCCCUGUGCAAGUGCAGUGAUGAAUCUUUCAUGUAGCUGAAGUACAGCCUGGUUGGAAUAUGCUGCAGACAAUUUACGAGAGUGAAUCGUGUUUUUCCUCAGAUGGGGUUUCUGGACGGGAGCAGCUCUUGGCUCAGCAAAGAAUGCACAGUAUGAUCAGCUCAGUGGAUGUAAAGUCGGAGGUUCCCGUGGCAUUAGAGCCUAUCUCACCGUUAGACUUGCGAACUGAUCUCAGGAUGAUGGUUCCCAUGGUGGACCCAAUUAUGCGUGAAAAGCAGCUACAGCAGGAACUACUCCUGAUCCAGCAGCAGCAGCAAAUUCAGAAACAACUGCUGAUUGCAGAGUUUCAGAAACAGCAUGAAAACCUGACCCGCCAGCACCAAGCCCAGCUCCAGGAGCACAUAAAGUUACAACAGGAACUCCUAGCCAUUAAACAACAGCAAGAACUCCUCGAAAAAGAGCAGAAACUGGAGCAGCAGAGGCAGGAGCAGGAACUGGAGAGGCAUCGCAGGGAACAGCUUCCGCCCCUCAGAGGCAAAGAAAGAGGCCGAGAAAGGGCAGUGGCCAGUACAGAAGUGAAGCAGAAACUUCAAGAGUUCCUGUUGAGUAAGUCAGCAACAAAAGACUCUCCAGCAAAUGGAAAGAAUCAUUCCAUGAGCCGCCACCCCAAGCUCUGGGCUGCCCACCAUACCUCACUGGAUCAAAGCUCUCCACCCCUGAGUGGGGCCUCGCCACCAUACAAAUACACUUUACCAGGAGCACAGGAUGCCAAGGAUGAUUUUCCACUUCGUAAAACGGCUUCAGAGCCCAAUUUGAAGGUACGUUCAAGGUUAAAACAAAAGGUAACAGAAAGGAGAAGCAGUCCUUUACUCAGGAGGAAGGAUGGAAAUGUUAUCAGUUCAUUCAAGAAGAGACUCUUCGAGGUGACAGAAUCCUCAGUCAGUAGCAGCUCUCCCGGAUCAGGUCCCAGUUCCCCAAGCAAUGGUCCAACUGGUAGUAUAACAGAAAAUGAAACCUCAGUUUUGCCAGCUAACAUUCAAGCUGAGCAUCUGGUUUCACAGCAACGUCUUUUGAUACAGGAAGAAUCAGUGAACUUGUUGAGUCUGUACACAUCCCCUUCUCUGCCCAACAUUACCUUGGGACUUCCAGCAGUACAAUCUCACAUCAGUGCUUCAUCAUCAUUCAAAGAAAAGCAGAAGGGAGAGACCCAGACACUCAGACAAGGAGUGGCCUUGCCUGGACAGUAUGGGGGGAACAUUCCUCCAGCUUCAACUCAUCCCCAUGUUGCUUUGGAGGGAAAGCCAAAUAGCAGCCACCAAGCUCUUCUGCAACACUUGUUACUGAAGGAACAAAUGAGACAGCAGAAGCUUCUUGUGACUGGAGCAGUUCCUCUUCAUCCGCAGUCUCCUUUAGCAGCAAAGGAAAGAGUUUCACCUGGCAUAAGAGCUGCCCACAAACUGCCUCGUCACAGGCCACUGAAUCGAACCCAGUCAGCUCCUCUUCCUCAGAGUACUUUGGCCCAGCUGGUUAUCCAGCAGCAACAUCAACAGUUUUUGGAGAAGCAGAAACAGUACCAGCAACAGAUCCACAUGAAUAAGAUGCUCUCCAAGUCCAUUGAGCAGCUAAAGCAGCCUGGCAGUCACCUGGAGGAAGCUGAAGAAGAGCUGCAUGGAGAUCCCUCAAUGCAGGAAGAAGGAGCUCCCGCUAGUGGUGCCAGCAUUAGGGCUGAGAGCAGCAGUGCUGGUGUGGAUGACAGAAUAGGACAGCAGGUGGGGGCUGUGAAAGUCAAAGAGGAGCCGCCUGACAGUGAUGAGGAUAUUCAAACCCAGCAAAUGGAAUCUGGGGAGCAAGCUGCUUUUGUGCAACAGCAGUUCCUGGCGCAUCGGCGUGUCCACCAGUUGCAAAUCUACCAGGCUCAGAUGGCUACAGUUGGCAUGGCAGGAUUAGAUAAACAUCGGCCUGUUUCCAGGACCCCGUCUUCCCCCGCUGAUUCCACAUUACCUCACCCAGCCAUGGACCAGCCCAGCCAGCAUGUCUACACAACUGGUGUUGUGUAUGACAGUCUGAUGCUGAAGCACCAGUGUAUGUGUGGCAACUAUACUAAUCACCCUGAACAUGCUGGAAGGAUACAAAGCAUCUGGUCAAGGCUGCAAGAAACUGGGUUGCUAAACAAGUGUGAGCGAAUUCGAGGUCGAAAAGCCAGUCUGGAGGAAAUACAGCUGGUUCACUCUGAACAUCAUUCACUGCUGUAUGGCACCAGCCCCCUGAACAGACAGAAGCUGGACCCCAGGAAACUCCUAGGAAACGUGUCUCAAAAACUUUUUUCCUUGUUGCCUUGUGGGGGACUUGGGGUGGACAGUGACACCAUUUGGAACGAGCUGCACUCGGCCGGGGCUGCACGCAUGGCUGUGGGCUGUGUCAUCGAGCUGGCUUCCCGAGUGGCCUCCGGAGAGCUGAAGAAUGGUUUUGCUGUUGUAAGGCCCCCAGGCCAUCAUGCUGAAGAAUCAACAGCCAUGGGGUUCUGCUUUUUUAAUUCGAUUGCAAUUACUGCCAAAUACUUGAGAGACAAGCUAAAUAUAGGCAAGAUAUUGAUUGUAGAUCUGGAUGUUCACCAUGGCAACGGUACACAGCAGGCUUUUUAUGCUGACCCCAGCAUCCUGUAUGUUUCCCUCCACCGCUAUGAUGAAGGCAACUUCUUCCCCGGCAGUGGAGCCCCAAAUGAGGUUGGAAGUGGCCUUGGUGAAGGGUAUAAUAUAAAUAUUGCUUGGACAGGUGGUUUGGACCCUCCUAUGGGAGAUGUUGAGUAUCUCACAGCAUUCAGGACUGUGAUUAUGCCUGCUGCCAAUGAGUUUGAUCCAGAGAUUGUCCUAGUAUCAGCGGGAUUCGAUGCUGUGGAAGGCCAUGACCCUCCACUAGGCGGGUAUAAAGUCACAGCUAAAUGUUUUGGUCACCUAACCAAGCAAUUGCUGAAGCUAGCGGAUGGCCGUGUCGUGUUGGCACUGGAGGGAGGACAUGACCUUACUGCCAUCUGUGAUGCAUCUGAAGCCUGUAUAAACGCCCUUUUAGGAAAUGAGCUGGAGCCUUUCCCGGAAGAUAUUGUGCACCAAAUCCCCAAUACGAAUGCAAUAGCUUCUUUAAAAAAGACCACUGAAAUUCAAAGCAAGUACUGGAAGUCAGUGGAGCCAUAUUCUGUGCCAGUGGAUUGUGCUCUGGCUGAGACCCAGAAACGAGAGAGGGAGGAGACAGAAACUGUAUCUGCUAUGGCCUCUCUUUCGGUAGAUGUUGAGCAGUGCUUCCCUCAGGGAGGCAGCAGAGCUGCUGGCGAGCCCAUGGAAGAAGAGCCAGCCUUGUGAAGUGCCAAGUCCUCCCUGAUAUUUCCUGUGGGUGACAUCAUUGUGUAUCCCCCCCAAAGCACCCUCAGACAUGUCUUGUCUGCUGCUUGGGUGGCACAGAUCAGAUGGAACAUAAACACUGGGCACAAAACUCUGAAUAGCAGCUUCACUUGUUCUUUGGAUGGACUUGAAAGAGCCCUAAAGAUUCCUUACACGUAACCGCUAUAAUUCUAAAGUUACAGUAAAACAGGCUUGGGAGAAAGAGCCCAGAGCAUGCUUUUUAUAUGCUGUUUGACCUGCUCACCAACAUAAAUUGUGAAAUAGAAUAUUACAAAAUUCUACAUGAUAGAUUAUAGAUACGAGAAUUGCAACAGCCAGCAAAAUGCUUGGUAAACUCCAUGAAUCACUUUCUGACACUUUUUACUGAGUAAUUUUUUUCAUACUGUGUUAAACUGUUAAUAGAGUUUGGUUUUUUUGCUUUGUGUAAUGAAAAAAAAAACCACCUUAUUUUCUCUGCCAUUUUUUUAGCCCUGUAAUGAAUUCUUGGUUGGAUAAGUGAAAGGUGUGUAAAUUAAGAUGAGGGAUUUUAGCUAAAGGGAAAGCACUUCUGAUUGUUCUAUAAAUCCCCCAGGGUACUGUGCUUGAUGGUGCUUUAUUUUAUUUUCCAUUUUCCUGAAAUUCCCUCUCCAUUUAAUGUAAUCUUUUAUAUCAUAAAAACACAUUCAUGAUUCUGUAAAAUAAGCGAUCUUCUGCCUUUAAAAAAUAGAAAAGUGCUGUACCCUCCCUAGCUGACAGCAGCUCUCAACAGAUGUGCAGCAGAGAUCAAGUAGUUUCUGAAAAAUGGAUGGCUUUUCAAAUGUGUUUUUACUUUGUUCUGAAAUGUUUCUGUGUCCUGACUCUAAGAACAGCAGUCUUAAGUAUCUGCGUGCAGCUCAUUUGAAGCUCAGGUGUUUCUGUGGAGGUUGUGCUGGGAGUGUUUUUUACAGGUCGCUGUAGAAAUACAGACUGAUUCUUUCAUGUAGUCCUGAACUAAGAGUUGAUAUUGCUUAAAAAGUUUCAAAGGGUUUAGCUUUAUUUUGAAUCCCCAAAAUGCAGCAAGAUUUCCCUGCAACUGCAACGUGAUAUUAGCUAUUUAAAUCCAUGUUUGAGAACGUAACGUAGAGUUGUGCCUUUAGAUGAUAAUGAACGUUUAAACUAUUACACGUGUUGCCUUACCGCCAGAGAAAGAGAUAGGACAUGUAUUUAGCAUACUUCAAAUGAACAAAAUUGUGCCACAGCUACCUUUAUUUUGUUUACAGCUUUCUCACCUAAUGAACCCUGCGAGGUGUCUUACUCUACCUUAAAGUGAAUACUUGCAGUAUUUGAUGGCUCGCUUAGCUUUGAAAAGCAAAUGAUGUUCAUUUUUUUUAUAUAUUUUCCAAACUGAAAGGAUAUAUUAAAGCCAUAAGUGAAGACUGUCAUGCUUUUUAUUCUGAAAUCUGAAAGAAACCUUAAUUAAAACAAGAUUUUGGGAAAGGCCAUGAUAUGAAAGAUAUGGAACAAUAUGGUUUCAGUUAUAGGCAGACUCAAACCUGUAAAUCAAAGAUGAAAGAUUUCACUCAAAUAGAAUUAUAUAAUUCUCUUUUGUUAUGCAGUCAGACUAUAUCUUUCAUGCAUUUGGGUUUGUUUACGAUUAGCAUUUUAAUUUUAAAGACUUUUAUUACUUAUACAAAAGCUCUCUGCUGCAAGUUAGAAAUCUGAGGCAUGCUUUGAAAAGGGAAAUCUAAAAAAAGGAAUGUCAUUUCCUAUAAUGUAAAGUAAACUUUUAUUCUGAAAGGCUUGCUCUAAAAUGAAUAUAUGCCUCUCAGUUAAAAAAUAAAAGAAAAUUCUACCUGCCAUUUAUAAGACAAAAUCAUACUCAUUUUAAUAAUGCAGAGUCCUAGCAGGCCAAAUUAACCCCUGGUGUAAAUCACCUUGCCUGAAAUUGGGCUGUUCUGAAGGGACUGUUCACAUGACUAAAACAAUCAGGAGUUCACUGUGUGUUUUCAGCAAACUUGUGAUGGCAAUCUUACUUGCCAUUUACUGCAAUUUUCUUGUGGUCAUCAAAGAAGUUUCCCUUCAAGGAAACCAAGGACCAGAGCUGAUGAGUUGAGUAAUUUGUAAAGCUUUUCAUAUUUUGAAAUAAUGGCUGCAGCAUUUUAAUUGGCUGCAUAGUAGAAUCAGUUUAAAAUUAACCCCACAAAUGCAAAAUCUGUUUGUGUCUUUUAGCUUGCGUGAAAUUGAACAUGAAUUGCAGCUUGAAAUGUGAGUUACAAACUUUACCAAUUAAAAUUUGCACUCUGGGGUGGAAAUCAGCUAAAGCUGUCCUUUGUAGCUGGAAAUGCUUUUAGAAUGCCAAAAUAAUUUGAAUUUAACCACAUUAUAAACUCACACUCAUGCAUUUGUACAGGCAUGUAUCUAGACAUACUAUUGGUUAAAGUUAGAAUCAUUUGGAUAAGCAAAUGUGCAAAUAAACUGCAUACAGAUUGUAUCCAGAGCUCUGUUCUCACUGAAGUCAAUAGCAAAAUCCUCUUUGAUUUCACUGGGAGAUGGAUCAAGCCUUGUAUUUUUAAGUCCAGAACACCAUUACUUUUUGAUUAUGUCAUUACAAGGCACCGUACAGCCCUCUGGGAAAUGACUGAGGCUUAUGGUGAAUAUCAACACUUCCUUCAAAGCAGACCUGGGCUUUCCGAGAGGGCAGUUUCACUUGCUGCUGUUUUCUUCUCACAGUAUUUUUUAUUGCCAUCAAUAGCUCCCUAUGGAUCGCUGUUAAAAUGUCUCCCAUUUAAACAGUGAUUUUAGCCAUACUUUAAGGAAAAUAUUCACAUAGACACUCUUAAAAAUGCCCAAUUUUAUCUUGAUUUAACAAUAAAUUCCAGGAGUUUCAGAAAGGUGUAUUAAUUUCAUGUUUCUUCAUUUCUAAUGUCCAAAUUCAGAGCUGUUUUUCAAGGGGAGUCACAGUCUCAUGUGUCCCAUGGACCUCAGCUUAGGCUAAGGAGAUUGACACCUCUGAAAAUUAAAUCCCAGAUAUUUCAUGUUGGCUGCCAAAAUAUCAACAUCUGAACUUAGGUUACUUCCAAAAAUGGGCUGAAAUGGAUAAAUAAUGUGGCCUAACUGGUGAUUCCUUUGAGUGAGUCCAAGGGAAAUGUAAAGCUGGAGAAGUGGUAGAGAGUUCCCAGUGCUGGGGCUGACCCUCUGGCCGAUGUUGGCGCACAGAAGGGUUGCAGGCCUGCAGGAGGAUGUCCCACUGCACUGCCACCCCCAGAUAGCUUUGCCUUUAGCAGCAAAUCUCUGCCUCACAGGGAAAGUAUGUAGAAAUUUGCACUCCACCGCUGGAUCAAGAAUUUCCCAAGCCACAGAUCUUCAGGAUCUGAGAUGCUGUCGCAGGAAGUACCACAAAAAUGCUUUCUCCAUUCUCCGUUCUUCCCUAGUAUCGGAGCUUGAAUAUUGAGCUAAAUUGGAUUUUGGACUCCUUUUAUGUUCUUAGGUCCUUAAAUUCAUACUAGAAGCUGAGAACUAGAGUGACAUGAAGCCAGAUAUCAAGAAAAAAUUAUUUUUACCCAGCUUACUGCUUUAACCUGGACUGGAGUGGGAACAACAAUAAAUAGUAAAUCUUGGAAUUGCUAAAAACUGAGCGUCUUGCAAUUCAUUUUUAGACUCUAUGUGUAGGAAUUUUGUGCGUGCUCAUUUGGCUUUAAUAUAAUCUGCAGCAAUGAAAUGCUUGAUUAUAUGAUCCUUCUUCAGGCAAAAUUCCUACUGCGUAAUCAAAGUUCAUGGGAAUUUCGCCAGUGUAAAGAUGACAAAAUUAGUCCCUUUUUUAAAUUAUAUACCUUCCUAAUUUUACUUUCAGUGAAAAUGAGGUAACUAAUUCCAGGCAAGUGAAUCUAAGGAAAAUAAAAUCAUUAAACUAUCUUAAAUAAGCAUUGUAAAAUAAACAGAAAAUAUAAACAGCUGCUAUGUAAACAAAGAUGGCUGCUUCUAUACAUUGCAAAAAAAUCAACAAAAUGCUGCCAGCUGAACUCAAGUGGCUAAAUGAAUCCCUCUCUGGAGUAUGUGGUAUUUGAUUUGGUAUCUUAUCUAAGUGCAGCCUCCCUAAAAAGCUGAGAGUCGUAACCGGAGAUGAAAUAUUAGAAAGGUUUUGCUGCAGCCAACACCAGAAGUCCUGUAGAGAACAAGAAUGUGGAGACUGACUAAUUUGUGCAGACAGACAGCAGGACACUUUCAGGGCAAUGUGUCUGGGACGAAGAAUUAGAGGGAACUUUUCCAAAGACGCUGAUGGCUAUUAGGCAACUAGCUUCUACUAACUUGCAGGGGCAAGUAAGCAUCCAGCAAACAUUCAUGCUUUAGGAAAUGCCCUCUCCAUCUCACAAGCAUGCCCAUGCGCACACAGACAUAAAUGUCACCGUCCAAUGUUUCGUUAUAAACAGCAACAGCCAGGUGUGCUGCCCUGAAGUAUACUCUGUGCAAUAAGCCCCUAGAAGACCCCAUGUAACGUGAAUGAGAGAGGGGAGAUGGGGGCGGUUCCAGUAGUGGCCUUUCCAAAAUCUGUAACAGUGCACAGUUGUUUUAUUUUAAAAGGUCACCAUAGAGCUUUGUGAGCCACUGUAUGGUUUUUUUUUUUUUUUUUUUACAGACUCCAUAUGGAAGUAAAACAGAAUGUGUACAUAGGGGGGAACCUGCUGGGAAAGAAUGUCUCUUAAAUCAGCCUUCUGCUACCUGCUUUUCAUCCUGCAGUUGGAGGAGUUUAGACUCUUAAUUAUAACUUAAGCUUUUACUUUUCUGUGUCACUCGUUUUGGUUUUUACCUGUAAUUGCAUUCGUCCUUGCAGCACACAGAGAAGCAGAAAAAAAGGUCUGUCUCUUCUGACAAAUGCUUCUUUCCUUGCUGUGGGAAUGAGAAUAGCUUAUCUUUGUCACUUCUAGCAGCAAUUAAAUGCUUCAUUUUUGUGACAAAUCCAAACUGGAGUGGUAUUUUAUGAGAAUGAUUUAGCUGGCUGUCUGCUGAUUGUUAAAAAAAGAAAUUGUGAAACUUACAUUCCUUUCUGACCUCAAAAGGGACCCAUUUUGAUUUUAACAAUGUACUUGAUCCAAAAGGUUUUUUUUUUUUGUCCCAUGACAUCUUGUUACCAGCUCAGUUUUAGUCUCUAGCAAACAACACACACAGAGGGCGAACACCAAAAAGAACAUUCCAGAAAAUAUCACAUCUCUUCUACACAAUCUCUUGUCCUGCUCUAGUGCCAUGCUCUGUGGUUCAGUAUAUUAGAACAGUUUGUAAUGAAAUAUGAAUUGUUCUGCACGAUCAAAGGCAUUAGUAUUUGGAUGUAAACUGUGGAGCCUACUGUGAGCCGGGCUGUAAAAUAUGGGGAAUACAUGCUCCUAUACAGACAAUCUAGAGCCACACAAAGCACGAAGCCAGGGGCACUCGUACUGUGCAGUGAGAGUGAUUCUGCGUUAAAUAUCCACACAUUAUCCCGUUCCUGAUGGUUUGUCUGAAUGGCUAGAGGCACUUUUGCACUAGUAGAGCCAUAGGAUGCCUUGGUUCAAAGACCACUGAAAUCCCUUCUCUAACAGGUUUUGGACAGGUUCGGGGAGGCAGCUAGUGAAGAAACCUUAACUUUGCACUCCACCACACCUGAACGGUAGAAAAGUGCAGGAGCAGAUUUGAACUCAGCUGCACAUCCCUAUUUCUAGUAUUUCUAGAAAAGUCUGUUUGAAAGAGCAUUGAUACAAGUGGGCAUAUUCCCGUUGACUUCAGCAGGCCGUAUGCAUCCUGUGGUACAGGGACAAGUUCACACUGAUCUCUCUUGCUGCUUUAUUUAGUGCUAUUUUAAAUUUCUUGGUUGGCUUAAUAUUCUACAGUAGGAUGCAGUAGGAAAGCAUAAAGCAAUACCUGGUGAAAUCAUGACUAAAGCUUUCAAGGCAAGCUUAUUUUGCUGUGGGUUUCUACAACAUAGCCUUUUUGGUCUGAGGCUGCACAGCUGAAAUGUCUAUUUUUAUUUUCUUUUUUGAAAAUUGAUGUUGCUAUCUGUUUCUAUGAUAAAAAACAGUCCUUUUGCUCUGAGCACUAAAAGUUUAUCUGUGAUUUGUCUUUCCAGCCAGAGAAUUUUCUAAAGGAGAUAGCAUCAAUGGGACCAACCCAAAGAGCAAAAUUUCUAAAGGUCAAUAGUAACAUUUCUGUAGGAGUACAAGGAACUUGUGGAUUAUUGUUAUUAUUCCUGAUACAUUUUUGUAUCUGAAAGCAUCCAAUGAGUAAUGUUAAGUAAUAUAAUGCUCCAAAACUUUGUUGGUUGUAGAUAUACAAGCAUUGGAUUGGCGUGAAAUAGUCUUCAAUCGAGUUGUAAAAAAUCCCUUCUGUUUUGUGUUUUGUACAGUUCUUUGGCGAUAGUCUUG